AUGUGGACAUGGCCUUGAUAGCAACACGGAAGCUAUAAUGGUGUCCUGGCAGUAGUGUUUGCGUUCGUGGUGAGAACAGAAGACCGUGGUGUAGUUCUGUUGCAUACGGUGUUUCAUUAAAUGGAACUAGAGUUUUAAUGUGUUUUCUGGAAUCUGAAUUCUGCCCUCUCGUACCGUAUUAGUUUCUUAACAGUUUUUCGUAGUUUGUAAACAAGUGCGACAGCAAAUUUUCACCAUGCCUGCCAGCGGGCCCGUCUACCAGCCUACUACCGAAACAUACGAGCAACAGAGGGACUGGACGCGCGUCAGUUAUUUGUCUCAGACUGUUAGUAAUGGCAUUAACAGAACGAAAUGCCUGCAGUGGGUAACCCUUGUCCUCGGAUUGUUUGCUUUAGCAGCAGGGCUUAUUAUGCUCAUUGAAGGAGCUGUCGAUUAUUCAGACACCCGUCAGCACGAAGCGGAUGAAAGUGGUUCUACAAGUGAUUUAGUGAUUGCAGUUGCUGGUGCAAUUCUCAUUGUUAUUGGUUUUGUGCUUAUAGCCUUUUACGUACGCACAAUCAGGAGGAGGAAGAGUUGCUUCUGCUUCGAUUCGAAGGAACAGAGACUGGCCAGACAGCUGGACAACCAGGCAAGCAACGGCCAGGUGCUGACAUUGAAUCCAUCAACUGAUCUUCUUGUGACUGCACAGUAUGCUCCUGUGUCAGAGAUUUCGUAUCAGCCACCAGCAGUGUCUGAGGAAGAGGAGACACGCAAACUCAUGGGUAGUGACAACAAAGAGUGCGUUGAGGAAAGUGAACGUAUGCUGGAACCUGAUCCACGAAUUGUUCUGAGGCCACGUAGUCAUGUUGAAGAAGCCUAAUGUAUUAAAAUGAGAGUGAUAGUGUUGCUGCUGGAGGAAAUAUUCAGUCAAUGAUCACCACCAAGAUGAGGAAGAUUUCUUCCACUUCCAGCUGCUUUGGUGGUCGUCGUCUGGCACCUCUUGCUUCAGGUGAAGAUGUAACGCCAUCACUGCGAUCUUCGUUUGCAAGUGUUUACUACAACAUGACACCGUACCCAUCAGACCUCUCUCUUGGUUCAUCUACAGCAACUGAGUGACUGCUUGGCAUUUUAGUUAUGUGGAUGAAAUUUGUGGUUUUAAUUGAUGUGUCUUAGAAUUUUGCUGCCUUUGUGUGAAAUAUUGUUUUUAGAAAAAAAAUGUUGGACUGAGCUUAAUUGACUGCUUGCUUUUUCAAGUAUUAGUUUAUUUUAUAAAGCACAUAGGAAAAGGAAGCAGUUUGAUCUGUAAAUUCUAUCUUGUAUGAAGUUAUUAGUUAAUAAAUGAACUUCUGUUUCUAGCUUCCAUUUCUGAUAGUCAUUGUCUUUAAGAGUGGUUUGUUAAGCUUUGUAUUGUCUGUUAUAUCACAAUGUGACAAUAUAGCUGCACACACAAUUCUUUGCUUUCUGUGUUACCUUACCUUGCCAUGUACGCAUUUAGAUUUUAUAUGCGGUAACAACAAUCAGAUUUGUAAAGUAUAUAGAUUCGUCAGUUGGAUAUUUUUGUUAGACAGGAUGUGGAUUCAGUUAUUCCUGUUCUUUUAUUCCUAGAUCGCCAUUUUUAAUUCUGAACGUGAUUCGAGUAAUGAAUUAAGAUAGCAUCUUUUAUUGUUACAAAAAAUUGAAUAUUUUAUCACAGUAAAUGUAUAUAGGAACUAGUCAGAGCACACAGAUUAAUUGUAGGUGCUAAAUUAAAAUGUCAGUAAUGUUGUAAUCAUGUACAGAAAAAAUUGAUAUGGCUACUUAAGAAAAUACACUGACACAAUGCAGUUGAUUCCAUAUUCUUCAUUGCAGGUGAUGAACACAUUCUUGAUUAUUUUAAGGUAAUGGAAAAUAGUUGCAGUUCAUGGAGUUUUUUCCUUAGAGACCAAAGAAUCUCAUUAAGCUCGAAAUUUCAACAGUACUUUGAUUUUCAGGUUGACAAAAUAGUAGUGACUGCAUGCCUCUGAAAUUUGGCACAGGAAUCUUAAUUCUCCCUGUUCAAUUAAUUUCCAUGUAUUUUAACAAGUUAUAACUUAAUUCAAAAUACUUCCAGGUUUUACUGUUCAGCACAGUUUGAUUGACUGGUUCAAUUAAACAAUUGUGUAUUGGUGUUGACAGGGGGUGUUAGCAGACAUCGACUGAAAGUUAGUGAGCCUCAGUGGUUAUGCCUUGAUAUGAUGUCACAAUUCAUACUGUAAUUUGGGGGUAAUAAUUUGCUACUGAUGCUAUUUUAUAAUUGAACAACAUUUUACCAGUGAUUCAUGAUUAAUUCUUCGCCUUGGCUCACCUGCAAUUAAAAAUGUGGCCUAUAUCUCAAACUGUGAUUUGUAUUUCAAAAGGUAAACCAGCUUGUAUAUUUUUCAUUCUUGUUUGACAAUAGAAUUGUACAUUGCAUUCUUAUUUACUGGCUUGUUUCUCUCACUGUUUUAUGAAUAUGACUACGUUACUAAGACUGAUUAUUAGUGCAGAGCAUUUCAUUUUAGUGUGUUCAUGAUUUAUCUCGCUACAUUUCACCGUCCAGUUUUUAGUUUCAUGCUGAUUUGUACUUACUUUUAGUUUAUUUAUGACUUGACUAUAUCUUCAUGGGAGUGAUACUUCUUCACUUAAAUAGUUUGACGAUGUCAUUCUUUGUACACGUCUUAUUUUGCCAUGCCAAGGAGGAUGCUUUUGACAUAUGAAGACAUGAAGUGCAAUAACAAAUGUUUUGUGGUAUAAUUUUAUACUGUUUUCACACAAGCUAUUUAUGGAUUCAUUUGUGGAAAAUCAGUCAUUUUUAUUAAUUGUUAUCAGAAUAUCAAAACCAAAUUAAUGUAUUUUUAUUGAUUGGAAUCAUUUGUUUGCUACGAAAGUAUUCAAAUAAGGGAACUUAAGUCAUUGUGGGAAAGUAUUAGAUUCAUUUUUCAGACUAAUUUUGUUUCUUUCUUUCUGAACAUCAUUCUUAAUUUUACAAAAAAUGAAAAUAAUUUUCCAGUUCUAUACUUCUCAGUAAUUUCGCAAUGAAGUUGUUUCAAACAGGUUGUGUAUAAGAAACUGCAUCUAGCAUGGUUGUCUGUUUUAAAGUGUACUUAACAUUUAUUGAAUAUUACUGCUGAGAAAAAUCAGUUUAUACUACUUUUAAUUUCCUUUGUUACAGUAGCAGUAUUUAUACAUUGUAUGAAAGUUUUAUUUAAAGUUAUUAUAGUUUUGUAAUUGUGUAACAAAAUAAACUUUUCCGAAAAGAAA